GAAUAGUGCCAUUUGGUUUUGGUGGGGUUGGAUUUUUGAUGGUUAGGCUAACAACUGUGGCGAAGCUUCCAUACAUGUAACUACUUGUCGUGGUUUUUGGCUGUUUUGUCCCAUCACUCAAGCAUUUCACUGGUCCCAUUUUUACUGACAUCGAGUGGGAUAAACCAAAAUCCAAAUAUCGAUUAAACUUCUACAUUUUUUGUAAGUUUUCAAUUUCUCAUCUUGCUUCUUUACUACUGUAAUCUACUGUUGGAAGCCCGCUUCGUGACUUUCAGACUCAUAAGAUUCAAAGUCGUACUACCUCCAAUCACCACAAAAUAAUUUCCAGUCAGUCAGAAUGAGUUCAAAGAGUGAUAUGCGCGUACCUAAGCCUCCUAAACCACCUGAAAAGCCGUUGAUGCCGUAUAUGCGGUACAGUCGUAAGGUGUGGGAGCAAGUGAAGAAUUCGAAUCCGCAUCUGAAAUUGUGGGAGGUGGGUAAAAUUAUUGGUCAAAUGUGGCGUGAACUACCUGAUGAUGAAAAACUGCUGUACAUGGAAGAGUACGAUGCUGAGAAAACACAAUAUACAGAGUUGCUACGUCAGUACCACACUUCACCGGCUUAUCAAGCCUGGUUGCUCGCAAAGGAGAGAGCGGAGAAAAGCAUGGAGGAACAAGACCAGGAACGAAGACAAUCGAUUAUGAGAUCAAGAGAUCGUGGUAAUGAAGUCCCUCAAGGUGACUUAAGGGAAUCCUACAUCUUAGAAGAUAACGAAGAAGAUACUGAAGAUCAGUACACUGCGAAACACGUAGCUGCAGCUCGUUUCCAAAGAAAUCACCGUUUGAUGCUAGAAGUGUUGAGUGAUGCUAGACUCCCUGAUCCUGGUCAAUUGAUAACCCAGAGCAGAUUGAACACGUUACGUCUCCAAGUGGAACAACUGAGAAAUCACAAACGCAACCUAUGUCAAGAGAUUGACGGGUGUGAAGCACGUCACCAAGCUAAGGUUCAACGUAUCCGUGAAGAGUCUGAGCGUUUUCGACUAGAGUACGACAAAAUCAAAGCAGGACGGCCAGUUAUCACGGAGUCUCAGUUUGCUGAUAUGAUAGUUAAAGCGAAGCAGGAUAUACAGCGUGAGGAGGAAGAUCGGAAGUCUCGUUAUUUGGCGGAGUUGGAGAUGAGACGUCGACGUCAGCAGCAACGACAGCAGCGAGAGGCUGAAUUGCUGGAGUCAGAACGCCGACGUCAGUUACUGCAGCACCACCAACAACAGCAGCAGCAACAGUUGCAGCAAGCUCAUAUGCGACCAGCACAUCCACCUGUCGUUCAUGGUGAUCCAAAUAUUCAAUUUAGUGACCGUCCUCUGGAAAGGCUGAUAGUUCAGGAUAAAAGGGAAGAUGCAAGUUGUCAGCCUACACCACCGAAGUUGCCGGUCACUUCAACAAGUCUAGUAAAUCCUGUAAGUGCGAAAGGAGCUGCUGCUGAGCUAGUUCAUGCCGGUAGUGGAGCAGUGUACCCUCCUGGAAUAUGCAACGCUUUCACACAACCUGCCAAUCAGAAUUCAGUAUCCAGGUUUCCUCAGUCUGGUCACACGCAACAUCACUACCCACCGCCACCACAUUAUAUACCUAGUGCCGUGCCACCGGGAAAUCCCACCAGUUUGGUUCAUCAGCGUAGUCCGUUGCCAAGCAUGCAACAAGCAACGCCAAACAAUGUGGCUAAAGCCAACUCCACAACACCCCUGAACCGUACGAAGAAAGUUGCAUCAUCUGGAUCGUCUACUUCAUCUGCUUCUUCAGCUUCUUCGACAUCUUCGAAGAAGAAGAAGCCUGAUUGUGAUGUGAGUAAGGAAGCGACGAGUCAGGAAAUGCGAGAACGACCGACUUCUAAUUCAGGUGAAAGUGUUGUUGUAGACCCUAACCAGAUGAAGUCUAAUGAUUUGGCGAGUGUGACUCCUGGACAUUCGAAUGAGUUUCAACAAGGGUUAGCAGGACAGCCGAGGCACGUUGUUGCUUCUCAGUACCAAUCAACUAAUGUCCCUUCAAACGCUGUCAGCUCAGCCCAGGUGUCUGGUGCUCCAGUACAAGCACCGUACACGUACGAGAUUAGCAUGUCGAAUCCGUCAAACCCACCUCUACCUGGUGGUGCUUAUUAUCCACAUCAUCCGCCUGUUACCAUGUCUAAUCCCAGUGGUUAUUCUCAUGCACGCGUCCAAUUCUCACAACACACUCCUUACAACGCUAUGCAGUACCACCAUAUGCCUCAACAAGGAUCUUCGGAGCAGCCACCUCCACCACCGAUGUAUGUGCAGCAUGUGGCACAACAGCCGCAUGUCCCACAACAACCUGGACCGCCAGUGGGAGGACCUAACCAACAUCCUUCUGGCCACAUCCCACCACCACCUCCUCAUCAACAUAAUGCAAACAACUGGCAUCCUGCAGGUGCAUCACCAUACCCUGCACACUAUGGUCCUUCUCGUUAUCCGGUUCCGAGUGGUGUCGGCGGUGGUGGUGGUCAUGUUGGUUAUCCUCCGGUGCAACCGCCACGUAAUUUUGGCCCGAAUUCAGGUGGAUAUUCUUCAGUGCCUCAUUAUUUGGUUGGCCAACAGAACCCACAAGCCCAUCCUCACCAAAAUGUUCCCCCAGCUGUGCCAGUUAGUCUACAAGAUGGAUCGAGUGGAGGAUCCCAGUCAAUCCCAGCACCACCACCGUACCAGCAGCAACAGCAACAACAACAACCUCAGCAGCAGGCGAGUUCUGUGGUUGGUUAUUGGCCUACACAACAUCAAGUACCUCCAGACUAUGUUCAGGGUCAACAACCGUCUCACUACGCGGCGGCGCCUGGCUCUCAAUCAGAGAGUAUGGGAGGUGCAAACCAGCAAGUAUUAUCAUCGGUGGAUGGUGUCCAUCCAUGUUCUGGUAUAUCUGGACCUCCUGGGGAUGCUGGGAUGGGUCAAGUGCAAAUGGUGCCGUCGAACCAAUCUCAGGGAGCCAACAUUUAUUAUCCAGGUGGACCUGUCCCGCCUUACCCUCAUGGUGGGCCGAAUGGAUUUUACUCAAUGCCACCGCAACAUCACUACCCGCCUCCUCCUCCUCCUUCACAUCAACCUGGUGGAAAUCCGUGGUCAGGUUACCCUAAUUCUGGUCCACCUCAGAUGCCGAGUUACCCACCAUCACAACAACCACAACAACAACAACAGCAGCAGCAGCAACAACAACAACAGCCGCAACAUCCACACCAAUCUCCUCAGUGUAAUGUUGGAGCAAGCUAUGCUACGCCUCAAAUGGCGAAUAAGCCUGAACAGUCUGUGGGAGCAGCGAGUGGUACAGAGAAUUCAGGUGGUGUAUGUGGAACGGGGAAUUCCAACAGUCGUCCACCGUCUAACAAUAAUUAAUUUCUUGAUCAUAUAUGAUUAUUGCAUUUUAGUUAUUUUGAAAGUGGUGCUUUUAUUGUGAAUUGUCACUAACUCAUUGCUUAGUUGAACUCCAAUCUAUGUUUCCGACUCUUAUAAUCAUCAUCACAGUUGGAUUCUUUUAAUAUUUUCUUCUUUUUUUAUUACUCAUAAGUUGUACUCUUUCACCGAUUAAUAUGUCCGUCAUUUGUGUUCACAGUAUUUCAGGUUUAUUAGACGUUUUUUAGGUAUUUUUCUGCAUAUGUCUUCAGGUGGUUUCAGUUUUCGUUAUCAUGUACUGUACAUAAGUUUUUCUUGAGCGGAAAACAGAUUUAAGACAUGGUGUCUUGAAUAUUUUUAACAAUGUGUGUACUUGACGACAGUAUUCUACAACACCUAUGUCAUUGUUGACACUGAUAUUGCUGCUAGAUCUAGGAUGAACAGACUUAGCAGAUAAAUUGUAAUAGUCAUCCACUGUCGGCUAACAAUGAUCAAUUUUUCAUUAACUGAUGAAAUUCAUUGCGCUUUUGGUCACUUUGAAGUGUCCAUAUACUACAGCAUUGAGAACAGUUGUCCUUGGACUGUCUCGGGCAUUGGCAUGUUUGCUCUCGAAAUUUAUCUGAUUUUCAUGUAUCCAGUUUCUUUUUUGUGAACAAAGGCUGUAUAAUAAAUGUUGUGAAAUCUGA